UAAGAAGAUAAGGUGCUACUCCAACCCUAUUUCAUUUUAACUAAUGGGAUGUUGGUUGCCUGUAAUUUUGCAUUCACUGUUAACAGCCCUGCUUUAAUAAAUUGUUUUCUGAUCUGUUCCUAGAUGGAAAUACUGUAUGAAUGUGAAAACCAUUAGCAAAGUAAUUGCUGUCUAUUACCAUGACAACCAGCCGCUGCAGUCACCUGCCUGAAGUCUUACCAGACUGCACCAGCUCAGCUGCUCCCCUAGUAAAGACGGUGGAGGAUUGUAGCAGUCUUGUGAAUGGACAGCCGCAGUAUGUCAUGCAAGUUUCAGCCAAGGACGGGCAGCUUCUGUCAACAGUAGUAAGGACUCUUGCCACACAGAGCCCUUUCAAUGACAGGCCAAUGUGCAGGAUCUGCCACGAAGGCAGCAGUCAGGAAGACCUGCUCUCUCCAUGUGAAUGUACAGGAACCCUGGGGACUAUUCAUCGCAGCUGCCUGGAGCAUUGGCUGUCUUCUUCGAAUACCAGUUACUGUGAACUCUGCCACUUCAGGUUUGCAGUAGAGCGCAAACCCAGGCCGUUAGUAGAGGUCAGUAAAUGAGCCAUGUCCUCAAAAGCUUAGUUUUAAUGAGCAAGUGAUGUAUGUUUUACACCAGGACGACAAAGCCUUUGCAGCUUCACU